AUGAAAUCCCUGCAUCAAUUCAUCAGCACCUUCUCAGUGAAAUAUCCUAUUAUUCAGGCCCCAAUGGCGGGUGUUAGCACCCCUAAGAUGGCGGCAGCGGUGGCAGCGUCGGGAGGUUUGGGGUCGCUAGCAUUUGGUCCAUUUCUCUCCAACUCGAGCAAGCUUGACAGCGAAAUGUCUGAAUUCCAAGCUCUUACUCAAUCCACAAAUACAAAUAUCAACUUCUUCAGUCACGAUAUCAACAACAACUUGACCGACCACCAGGUGUCAAACUGGUACAAACUUUAUGAUAACGACACAGCAGGAAUUAAGUUGAAAAAUGGUGGAAUCUCGUUCAAGCAGUUUGAACAGCAAUCCAGCUUUCGCCCGUUUUUGGACAAGUUGUUGUUAUACAAGCCAUCAAUGGUGUCGUUUCACUUUGGAUUGCCUUCUGCUGCCACACUUGAGGAGUUUCGGCAACACAAAAUCCCGGUUUUUGCAACCGCAACCUCAGUUAAGGAAGUGCAAGAAUUGUUGAAAUCCAAGGUGGAAGGAAUUGUGUUACAGGGUUAUGAAGCGGGAGGUCAUAGAGGUAACUUUAUUGACUUUGAAUUGGACGAGAAUUUGUCUACAUGGAGUUUAUUUUCCAAGGUCAAAGCCCUUAAUCCCGAUUGUUUUGUGGUACCUGCGGGAGGAAUUGUGUCGAGCUCUGAUAUCAAGUAUUAUUUGGAUAACGGAGCAAGUGGAGUGCAAUUGGGGACGGCUUUUGUGACAGCAGCCGAGUCAUUGAAUAAUCUGUUCAUUGGUAACAGCAGUAAUCCCACUAUUAUGACGGACUUGGUGAGUGGAAGAAGUGCUAGAUGCUUACGAACUCCGUUCAUCGAGAAGUUGAUCAAAAACAGUAAAGGGCUUGAGCUUCCUCCAUUUCAGUAUGGCUACCACGGAUAUAAGCAAUGGAGGGGUACCAAGGGACCUGAAUAUGGGUUUUACUUGGUAGGACAGAACUAUGAUUUAGUGCAGCAUGAGUUGCCUGUGGUUGAGAUCAUGAAGAACUUGACAAGGCAGUUGUGA